ACUUAUGACAGCGCGGGCCUUCGCAUGCGACAACCAGUAUAUACAACAUGGCGACGACGGAGGAAACGAAGGAAAAUGCAGAAUCAUAUGUCGCAGAAUUGCAGAAGAAAGUGACAGAUGCUUUUGACAUUUUCGACCACGAAUCAAACAAAACUGUUGAUGUCAGGUACCGUGGGAACAAUCGUCGGUCAUUGGGAUGUUGUCCAACAGAGGGUGAACUUCAUGAUAUUUUGGCUGAAAUAGAAGAGGAAGAGCCAACUGGUUACAUUAGAUUUGAGAAGUUCCUCCCCAAAAUGACAAAAAUAUUACUUGAACGAAGGUACAAGCCGUCCCCCGAGGAUCAGCUACUGAAGGCAUUCCAUGUGCUGGACAGUGAAGGCAAGGGUUACCUUACCCAGGAAGAGCUCACCAAAUACAUGACAGAAGAAGGUGAACCAUUCACCCAGGAGGAAAUGGAAGAAAUGUUGUCAGCAGCUGUUGACCCAGACAAAGGCACAAUUCUCUACAAAGACUAUGCCUCAUUAAUGGCAGUUGAAGAAACAUAACAUAUGUUCCCAAAAAUGCAAUUUGUACAUAACUGUAAUUUAAAUAUAAAAUGUAAAUAUAUAGUAACAAAUAUCAUUGGAGACUUUA